CCCACCAUGGCUCUGAAGAGAAUCCACAAGGAACUGAACGACCUGGCGCAGGAUCCCCCAGCACAGUGUUCCGCAGGUCCUGUCGGGGAAGACAUGUUCCACUGGCAAGCUACCAUCCUGGGGCCGAAUGACAGCCCCUAUCAGGGCGGAGCAUUUUUCCUGACGAUUGAUUUCCCAACAGAGUACCCCUUCAAGCCACCUAAGGUCGAAUUUACAACAAGAAUUUAUCAUCCAAACGUCAACAGUAACGGCAGCAUUUGUCUUGAUAUCCUUCGCUCACAGUGGUCUCCAGCACUGACUAUUUCAAAAGUGCUUCUGUCCAUCAGCUCCCUGCUGUGUGACCCCAACCCAGAUGAUCCCCUCGUGCCUGAGAUUGCUCAGAUCUACAAGACAGACAGGGAAAAGUACAACAGAACAGCUCGGGAAUGGACUCAGAAGUACGCCAUGUGA